AGCGGCGGCAGCGGCGGCGGGUGUGGGCCGAGCCGGUAUUUAUAGCUCGGUGCCAGCAGCCGCGGCCUCGGCGCCUCUGCCCGUCUCGCCGCGCUCCCGAGCGAGGCCGCCAGCGCGGCGCAGGGCUGCGCCCCACCCGGCCUCCCUGUGCGCUCGCCUCCGCCCGCGCGGCCCCCACGGUGAACUAUAGACCUGAAGUCUUGAAGGAUGGGUAAAGACUUCCGUUAUUAUUUCCAGCAUCCCUGGUCUCGAAUGAUUGUGGCCUACUUGGUGAUCUUCUUUAACUUCUUAAUAUUUGCGGAGGACCCAGUGUCUCAUAGCCAAACCGAAGCCAAUGUGAUUGUUGUUGGAAACUGUUUUUCAUUUGUAACAAAUAAAUACCCCAGAGGAGUUGGCUGGAGGCUCCUGAAGGUGCUUCUAUGGCUACUUGCCAUCCUCAUAGGACUAAUAGCUGGCAAAUUUCUCUUCCAUCAGCGUUUGUUUGGUCAGUUGCUCCGGUUAAAAAUGUUUCGAGAAGACCAUGGGUCGUGGAUGACAAUGUUCUUCAGUACAAUUCUCUUUCUCUUUAUAUUCUCUCACAUAUACAACACAAUUCUUCUAAUGGAUGGGAACAUGGGAGCCUACAUCAUUACAGACUAUAUGGGCAUCCGGAAUGAGAGCUUCAUGAAAUUAGCUGCUGUGGGGACCUGGAUGGGGGACUUUGUCACCGCUUGGAUGGUUACUGAUAUGAUGCUUCAGGACAAACCCUACCCUGACUGGGGAAAGUCAGCAAGAGCUUUCUGGAAGAAAGGAAAUGUUAGGAUCAUUUUAUUCUGGACAGUUCUUCUUACUCUGACUUCAGUGGUGGUACUGGUCAUUACAACUGACUGGAUCAGCUGGGACAAGCUAAACCGAGGAUUUCUUCCCAGUGAUGAGGUUUCCAGAGCGUUUCUGGCUUCUUUCAUAUUGGUAUUUGACCUUCUUAUUGUGAUGCAGGUCCGGAUGGAGUUUGAGUUCAGAGCCCUCUGGUCAUCUUCCCCUAUCAUUUCUCCCCAUCUCGGAGUAUGGACCAAAAUUCUUUAUAGGGUACACAAGGACUGGGAAUUCCCACAUUUCAUGGGCGAUGUGGAUGUCAACCUCCCUGGGUUACACACUCCUCACAUGCAGUUCAAGAUUCCUUUCUUCCAGAAGAUCUUCAAAGAGGAGUACCGCAUUCAUAUCACUGGUAAAUGGUUUAACUACGGAAUUAUCUUUCUUGUCUUGAUAUUGGACCUGAAUAUGUGGAAGAACCAGAUAUUUUAUAAGCCUCAUGAAUAUGGACAGUAUAUUGGACCUGGGCAGAAGAUCUAUACAGUGAAGGACUCAGAAAGCUUAAAGGAUUUGAACAGAACCAAGCUAUCUUGGGAAUGGCGAUCCAAUCACACGAACCCACAGACUAAUAAAACAUACGUGGAGGGGGACAUGUUCUUACACAGCAGGUACAUAGGAGCUAGCCUUGAUGUCAAGUGUCUAGCAUUUGUUCCAAGUCUGAUAGCUUUUGUGUGGUUUGGAUUCUUUAUCUGGUUCUUUGGACGAUUUUUGAAAAAUGAGCAAGGCAUGGAGAAUCAAGACAAAACAUACACACGCAUGAAAAGGAAAUCUCCAUCGGAACACAGCAAAGACAUGGGGAUCACGAGAGAAAACACCCAGGUCUCAGUGGAAGACCCACUGAACGACCCCCCUCUGGUGUGCAUCAGGUCUGACUUCAAUGAGAUUGUCUACAAGUCCUCCCACCUCACGUCAGAGAACUUGAGCUCACACUUAAACGAGCCUGCCAGCAUCACGGAAGGUGAGCCAGAUCCAGUGACUUCCAAGAGCACACCUAUGAACUAGCUUCCCUGUCUCGAAGAUAGCAACACAGCAACAGCCUGAGUGCAACUUUGCAAAGUUAGUCUUUCCUUUUGUCAAUGUCAGGUUUAUGUAGCGUUAGGUUCAGGAGAUAUAAACAAAUGCCACAACGGUGCUCAACAUGCUUUUUUCUAGGACUCAUUGUUUUCUAUCUGUAUGAUGAUACAUGUGCCUACUGUCUGUCUAACAGUCCUCUUUAGAUUGCUCUUCACAAUCACACAAGCUCUGUACUGACUCUCCAGCAUGGUAGAAGAUUAGCUGAUUACCCAGUGUGUCUGAUGUUCAACCAUAGUGGUGCCUUGAGACAUUAAACUGUUUUUAACUGUACCAGAAAUGAAGUGUGGAACAGUUCUCUAACCUACUUCCAGUGGGAUUUUUUUUUUGUACGCAAUUGUUCUCUACACUUGAUCUCUGAGCAGAAAACAGAUCCAGCCAAGAUGUAGCUCAGGAAAGACCUUUUUGGCUUCUGAUUCAGCAGUGGAGGGAGUGAUGCUGACAGCUGCCCUGCAGAGCAAGUAACAUGGUGGUCGCCUUUGAAUUCCCAUUGGCUGCCCUCCAAAUACAAAUGCAGAUGCAAAAUUCAGUAAUGUGAGAAUGAUCUUACAGCACGGUCACUACUUGCGAAACGUGACUUUCUCCAACCCAUUGCAAUGAGAUGAUCAAGAUCUAAUUAUGUUUUCCUAGUGAAAGGUAAAUUGCUACCUGAUUGAGAAUCCUACCCUUUCACCUUUUGAUGGAAACCAAGGUAAAGAGGCGCAGUUGGGGGAAAGGGGAGGGACUCUCAAAUUGGUUGGCAUUUACACAAAGUCAAAGCAAACCUAGGAACUGAAGUUCUGAUUGCCUGAGCUCUUCCAGCCUACUAGCUACAAUGUUUGUACAUCUUUCUGCAAAAAUGGCUCUGGAGGGUAAAACAUACACCAGCCUUGAACAAGAGAGCAUCUUUAGAAGCAGGCAUCAGAACCUUGUGAGGUAGAAAAAAGAUGUGCAUGAAUAAAUCCGUUCUGUGGCUUGUGUGUGCAGUUCUUUUUUUUUUUAAAAAAAAUUAAACAUCGCACACUAAUAAAAAUGAGUUAUACAUCAGUGAUGGUGUGAUGUAGUUUUUGUUUAUAUGGGAGGAGUUAGAAUUGGAUGUUUCAAUUUUUUUUUAUCUUGAUGUUAGGCAAUUUAAGAAAGGGAACACCUAGGGGCUGGGGAGACAGCAGAGGUUGUACAAAAGACUUUUGUAUCUGAGGUUCAAUCCAUAAGACAGAUCUGAGCAGUGCUUUGGCAUCUCUCUCCCCCCUCCAUAUGUGUGUGUGUGUGUGUGUGUGUGUGUGUGUGUGUGUGCAUCUUUCAUAAAAGUAAAUAAAUUGAACACUCCCACCUUA